AUGGUGAGGGAUUUCAACUACUUUCCUCACCGGGGCAUCUAUGUAGAUGAGGGGACAGACCACUUGUCGGCACACCUCUUCUUCCUCGGAGGGACCAAGUGGAAAUCUCUGCGCCAGCAGCUGACGCCCACUUUCACGUCGGGAAAAAUGCGCGCCAUGUUCGGCAUAGUGCGCGACUGUGCUCGUAUUAUGGUUGACGUCGUACCCUCGGGCAGAGAUGUGGAAGUCCGAGAGCUGAUCGCCCGCUACUCUACUGACGUCAUCGCCUCCUCCGCCUUCGGCAUUGAUGUUGACAGUCAGCACAACCCCGAGGCAGAGUUCCGGCAGUGGGGGCGAUGCUUCUUCAAGACAUCCCUGCGUUCUUACCUGACUCUGUCUCUGGGAUUCUCUAAUCCCAAACUGCGCACCCUGCUGCCUUUGCCUUCAUACCGAAGGAUAUCGCAGAGCGUGGGUGUUCUUCCUCGCUGGGUUCGAGACCUUUUCCACCACCGUAAGCUUCUGGCAUAUGAGCUUUCUAGACAUCUGGAUAUCCAGAAGAAACUGCAAGAAGAAGUUGAUGACAUAAUGAAAAAGACCAAGGGUGACGUGACAUAUGAAGAUAUAAUGACCAAAAUGCCGUACAUGGAAAAGGUGGUGCUGGUCUAUGUACCGCUGCUAGACUCGAUGAUUCUGAGGCUCGAGCUGGAGUCACCAGGAGCAGACGACCACUAG